AUGUCUUCCGACGUUGGCACCACCCCUUCCACGGUGGACAACAGGUCCACCAGCACUGAGGAGGAUGAUCUCCUGGCCGAGUUCGAGGCCGCUGGCAACGACAACGACACGGACAGUCUCUUCGGAGACGCGCCCGGCGACGACGACGACAACGACAGUCUCUUCGGAGACUCACUCGUCGAACCAGACGAGUCCAGCGUCGUCGCGCCGGAGUCCGCAGUCACGCCUCCGUCGCCCGCCAAGCCCUCGCCCGCCAAGCCCUUGCCGGCCACACCUUCGCCCCCGGCCCGGGCGCCUUCGCCGGCGCCCUUCGCCCUGAGUCUUCCGCCGCGCCCGCCAACCCCUCCUCCCAGUGAGGAGAAGCCGGCCAAGAAGAAGAAGGCGAAGCAGCCGAAGAAGGCUCCGGCACCCCGCGGCCGCCGCCUCAAAGGCGCGCUCGACCCCGUCCUCAAGCCCACGCUGGCGGAGCGGCUCGCCGACAGCCCGGAGACGGCCGCGCCGCCGCCCGGGCGCGCGACCGUCGACAAGCUGCACGACCUCAACAGCUGGGUGAACCGGGCCCGCAUCAACCUCGAGGACUGGAAGCAGAAGGGGGAGCAGAAGGUCAGGCUGAGCAACAGCCUGAACAUGGAUUGGGAGUGGGUGCACGCCCACCACGGCAAGUGUCCCGGCGUCCCCGACCGGCGCGAGAUCUUCGCCGCCUACCUGUCUGCCGGUGCUGGCGCCGGCACGCUCGACGAGGAGACCAUGGACCGGCUGAUCUACACCAGCGCUUUGGGUUGGGUCCUCAACCCAAAGUUCGUCCGGCCCAAGUUCUGGGUAGGGUUCGACCCCCUUGACCCACUCCACUGUCACCAGGAGGUGUGGGUGCCCGCCGAGCCCAGCGCCGCUGUCCCCGCCGCUUCGUCUUCGUCUCCCGCCGCCGCCGCCACAUCUUCUUCUUCUUCCGCCGCCGCCGCCACAUCUUCCUCUUCUUCCGCCGUCGCAACCGCCACCACCACCACACCCUCCUCUUCGUCUCCGCCCCCCGUCGCCGCUCAGAGAGCUCCGACUCCGCCUCGCGGUGGAACGUCCACGGCCGCUGGCGGUCGUGGCCAUACCACCGCAGGCGCCAACAACAACAACAAGCGCAAGAGGGACGACGCCCCUGCCGCCGCCGCCGCCGGCGCCAACAGAGAGGGCGACGAGGUAGUCGAGGUUCCGCCUCCGCCGCCGCAGAAGAGGGCUCGUACCUCGCGGCGGUCGGCUGCGGUCCCCGGCUCCUCGUCGGCCGCGCCCAUCGUCCUCGCGGACGAUGAGGUUGCGGACCCUCGACCGGCAAUGACGACGACGAACGUCGGCUCUGCUAUCCCCGCCCCCGCCGCCAUGAUGCGCGGUGCGCCGUCGUGGCCGCAGGCCACCAACCCAUCCGGUCGUCCUCCCGCCGCUCCCGCCGCCGCCGCCCACACCUCCACACCUGCGCAGCAGGUUUCCACCCCUCCCGCCAGCCAAGAGGCCGGUGGCCACGCCUACCAGACGCCGCCGAGGAGGUCUGUUUGCCCUGGAUACGGCGACAUGGCGGACCUGCGCGCCUGGAAGCAGCAGCAGCAGCAGCUACCGCCGGAGCAGCGGCAGCGGCAGCCGCCGUUCAAGAUCUGGGACCCCAGCGCGGAUUUCUCCGCCAUGGCCGGCACGCUCGCCCCUGGUCAGGGCAGCGCCUAUGCCGGUGGCGGAGUGCCGCGGCAGGACCCUCCUUGGACGCGGUAG